CUAACCGAAAUUCCUCGAGUUCAAUUCUUCUAGAAAAUCAGAGUCAGUCGCCAGUCUCGUUUAUCUCAGCAAACUUGCUCACAUUGCCUAAGAAAAAGAAGAUGAGCAAAACACAAAAAAACCUUUAUGUCAAUACACCCAUUCUCAAACCACCACCCUUGAACUCGACUUAAGAAAGCCGUUCAACAAGUUUCGGUUCAUUCCAAAAUGCUUUUAACAUACGCCUAGGUAUUCUUUAUCACAACCAUGAUGGGUGGUUAAGAAACUUCUGAAAUUUCUUUAGGUGCCCAAAAUGUGAACAUGAAUACAGGAAAUAUAAUCUUAAAAGCAAGAUUUGAGUAUAUCGUGUUCUGAUAUGAAACUGAGAAAGUUCUGAUCUCUAGACUAGGCAUAUCAAGAUGGAAAGAUAUUUCAAGGUUAAUGAUUUUUAAAUGACAUAAUACAAGACUUUAGAAUCUGGUAGUUUUAUUACUAUGAUUUUAGAUUUCAUGUGCAAGUAUGUACCAGCAGUUAUGCGAUUUUGGUCAAGCAAGAAAAUCAGAAAGGAAUCAUGUACUAUGAUGAAAACAAAUUGCGUCAAAACUGUGGUUGCUUUAUACCCAUUUCAAGCCAUAGAAGAUGGGGAUUUAACAUUAGUCAAGGGUGAAGAAUACGAAAUUGUAGACGAUACUAGAGAACAUUGGUGGCAAGUCAAGAAUAAAUAUGGUGACAUAGGUUACAUACCAAGUAACUACGUAGAAGAAAAGUCACCUGGUGGGAUGAGGCAUCACAGCUGGUAUGUGGGGGAUAUGUCUCGGCAGCGAUGCGAAGUACUAUUGAAAAGAGAAAAUAAAGAAGGAACCUUCAUUGUUAGAAAUUCGUCAUCAAAAGGAAUGUUUACUUUAUCUCUCUUUACAAGAGUGUCCCAACCUCACGUCAAACAUUAUCAUAUCAAAACUAAUUCCAAAGGAGAAUAUUAUUUAUCCGAAAAGCAUGCUUUUCCUACAAUUGAAGAACUUGUAUAUUAUCAUAAACAUAACAGUGCUGGUCUGGCCACACGUCUUAAAGCAACGCCAAGCAGUCAUGUCACCAGUAUUCCUACAACUGCUGGCCUUAGUCAUGAUAAAUGGGAGAUAGAUGCAUCAGAGCUUACUCUUCUAGAAGAACUUGGAAGUGGCCAGUUUGGAGUUGUACGAAAAGGAAAAUGGCGUGGACAUAUAGAUGUCGCCGUCAAAAUGAUGAAAGAAGGCACAAUGUCCGAAGAUGAUUUCAUCGACGAAGCAAAAGUUAUGACAAAACUUCAGCAUCCGCACUUGGUACAAUUAUAUGGAGUGUGCACGAAGCAUAGAUUAAUAUGUAUAGUAACAGAAUAUAUGAAACAUGGUUCCUUACUAAAGUAUUUAAGAAAAAAUGAAACAAGACUCUCUCCAAAAACUUCUGUACUAUUGGAUAUGUGUAUUCAAGUGUGCAGUGGCAUGGCAUACUUAGAACAGCAUAAUUAUAUACAUAGAGAUUUGGCAGCCAGAAACUGUUUGGUUGGUGAAGGAAGUGUAGUCAAAGUUGCUGACUUUGGACUUGCCAGGUAUGUCAUUGAUGAUGAAUAUACUAGUUCAGGAGGAGCAAAGUUUCCUAUAAAAUGGGCCCCACCAGAAGUGCUUGGUUACACACGGUUUAGCAGUAAAUCAGACGUCUGGGCCUAUGGUGUUUUGAUGUGGGAAAUCUUUACAUGCGGAAAAGUUCCUUAUGGACGAGCUACAAAUGCUGAAGUAGUAGAACAAGUUCAAAGAGGCCAGAGAUUAGAUGUGCCAAGAUCUUGUCCAUGGGAAGUGUAUGUCAUCAUGAAAUCUUGUUGGGAAGAGCUCCCAGAGAACAGGCCACCUUUUAGAGCAUUGAAAUAUGAACUGGAAAAGAUUUUAGAAGAAUGGGACAUUAGUUGAACAAGUUAAUAUGGUAGACCUAUGCCAUCUGUCUUUCACUGAAAAGUAUCCACCAACAAUUAUCAUUAUUCAUGAACUAUCAUCAAAUUCUAUAGAAUUUCAUUAUACGGAAUUAUAUUUUGCUUCACGCACUUUAUCAAACAUUUGUGUAGAACAUACCUUUUUGCAUAUGAUUGUUUAAUAAACAUAUUUAAGUUUU